UCUGUUUCGUGUAUUUAUGUGGUGUAGGUUUGUUCAGUCAGAGUAAAUAUUCUUUUUUCUAAUUACAUUCCGAAUAAAACGAUACCGUUUAAUUUACGCUAUUUAUAAGAACAAACAGAUUCAUAAGUUCGUCAUGACCGAAUUCAAUAAUUGUCGACUAUGCUUGAAGCUGGUUCCGGAUCCAGUCACUGCUGCUAAUGUGUACACCAAGUUGUCUGAUGGUAUUCCGCUGGCGGAACAUUUGGAUACGCUUUUUGAUGUUUUGGUCGGCGAUUACAGUGACGGUGAUGCUUUGAAACUUGUAUGCAAAGAAUGCGAAGGGCAGAUAAUCAAAUGUGCCACUGGUAAUGCUACCGUUCAGGAGAUCGAGGAAAUCGGCCAAAGAUUCCGCAGCAUGGAAGGCAACGCCCGAACGUUCAUUCGAGGGCAAUCAUUGAAGAUUGGCAACAAAUUGAACGCAUCAGUAAAUUCACCAUUUGGAAUGAGCACUCCGAAAGCGGCGACUGUGCAGCCUGUGGUAUCGGCUUCGACAGGAAAGAAGCGUGUCGCUGAGGAUGGCGAUAUAGAUUGGUUUCUGAACGAGCAACCAUCUAGCAGCGGAGCAGUACGAAUAAAUCGUUCUCAGAAAAAGGUUGUCGUUCGCGAGAUUCAUCUGGACGAAGAGAGUGAUGACCGCGAAACGGUGAUUAAAACGAAAUGCCCUUUCUGUAAGAUGGUAUACGUUCGACAUACGGCGUUGGUUAAACACGUUGAGACGAUCCAUCCCGAGAAGGGAGUGAAGUUCAAGGCGUGCGACUAUUGCAGCCGCAGUUUCCUGAAUGCUUCCGAACUGAAGGCGCACAAAUGUCCCAAAAAAAGAAGCAGCGGUGGCUGGUGGGGCUGGCGCCGCCGAGGAUGGUGGUGAAUAUUCUUCGGGCAUGUUUCAAAUUGUUUGAAUUUUAUUUUCCGAAGCAACGAAUUAAUUUUACUUUAAUUUCCCAUUGAAUUUGAACUCCACGCUAUUGAUUUAAUUUUCAAUGUUCUAAAUAAAACAUUGACUGAUUUGAAUACAUAAAUGUGUAUAAUAAAAAAAAAUUUAAAAAUAUUUCAUCAUAUCAUCACAAGCAAAAAGACUACGAAUUUGUUGCCUGUCGUAUGCAAUUCCGUCGUCUAGUGGCAUUGAAGAGAAAAGAGACUGAAUUCCUUUCAAUGCUUGUUAUUAUAUUUCCAUAAAGAUGUGCGUUUGGACAUGCGCUUGAGAUUUCACUGUACACAAGUGUCGUUACUUUUAUUUGCAAGUUAAUGGAAUCA